AAAUUAAAUUUAAUUAAAAUGGAGAACAAUCGAGAACAAAAUGGGGAAUUGGAACAAAACAGUGAAGAAAAUGUCAAUACCAUCAGCUCUUCAACCUUAAAUGGUGGAACUGAGACUGGAGGUCGUUCCGACCUUUCUAUCAUGUCGGAAAUUGCUUUGGAGACUGCACGACAAGCAUCCAGCUUGAUUCUCGCAACCGAUGCAGCUGCUGAAACUGGCAACAUUACACUUUAUGAGGCUGAACAAGUCAAUACGGCCAUUUUGUUUGCUUCUGAAGCGGCAGAAUUAGCCGAUCGUCUUGAGGCAGAACAGAUACAACGAGAAGCUGAAGAGUGA